CGGGAGUCAAAUCGUUUCAAGGGUAACAAAUUGUUAUUUUAUUAAAAGGUUGUCCCCCUCUAGCUAAUAGACUAUACCGCUUGACCGACGGAGCCAUAUAGAGGACUACAUGUAAUCGGUUCAUUCGCUCGCGGGCCACGAGAUCGAGAGCGGCCGUCAUUGAUGAGGGUGAUGAUGGAGGCUUCAGGAAGCGUGGCGUGGAAUUUGCUUCCAGACGACGCACACAGUCUCCAUCAGAAGUGGAUGGAAACUCGUGGAAGACAGCGACCACAACACAACUUUCAAAAUUCACAGCAUUGGUCUCUGCAUGCAUAAGAGAGAGCAAGAAUAAAUCUAUCUAGUAUACUAGUGCUAGUAUAGCUAGCUGUAGAGAAUGAAGGACAACAAGACUGACUCCACUAGUGGUGGUGCGAGUGGAGGACCCAAGAAAGGCAGCAGAAGAGGCACCAAGCGAGAUUCAGUUCAUUUGUCUUCUACUGCAGCUGGUGCUGCUGCUAGUAGCAAUGCUGGUGCUGCUGGCAAUGCUUCUGGAGGAGCAAUGGCAGGUGGAAGUGGUGUUACUAGCAAUGGUACUAGUAUAGUAAGUACAGGCUUAAGUUCUCCAGUUGGAGUUGUGAGUACAAGCACUAGUGGUAGUGGUACUAGCCAUGCAAGUGUCAGUGUUGGUACUUUGGGUACGAGUGGUGCGACUCCAGCGAUGGAUCAACACCCGUAUCCCCGAGGUUCCGUAAUUGAAGUUUUGUACAUUCCAGCCACAGCAGUAGGAAAAACUACGGCGUCCAUUCAAGCCGCUCGAAUGAACGGAGAUCAGUGGUAUUGGUCAGACGACAGUAGUCUCUGUACCACCACUAGUAACUCCAGUAACAAUACAGAAACCAAUACCAACACCAAUACCAAUAGUAUUCAAGUGCCAUCCAUGGAUCAACCACAAGCCACCAAAAAACAAACCAGGCCAACUCCCAAACAAAAAGAAAUCAUCCAAAUUCUACCCACUCAAGUCAAAAAGAGAGGAAGACCUGCCAAAAAGAAAAAACAAGUCACAAAAAAAGAAAAGGAGAAGGAGAAAGAAAAGGAAAAGGAAGAGAAAAAAGAAAAGUCUAAACAAACCACUCCCACACCACCUACAAGUUCUCAGACAGGUCAACACCCCCAUCAGCAUCCCCACCAUCAUCACCACCAACAUCAAAAUGCUGCUUCAGUCCGACUUUGUGACAUUAUUGAUAGAGUUCCUGUCAACAAUAACUCCAACACAGCAAUCACAAUCACCACUACAACUGGCAGCAAGAAAAAUGACAAUUCCAACGCACCACAACAACAAACGGAAUGGCGCUAUUACGUACACUACCGAGACUUUAAUCGCAGAAUGGACGAAUGGAUUGGAAAAGAUCGCAUUGUGUCUCCACCUUCCAUUGGAAAUGCCAAGGCACGUGCACUCAAAAAGGAGGAAGAAAAACAAAAACGAAAACAGCAACGAUUGGAAGAAAAAAUUAAAAACAACUCGGAGAUUCUAUCGCAAAAUGCCAUGGAUCAUCAGCCAUUGCGGUCCAGUCGACGACGGAGUACGGCCGUGGCGGCGACACCCACGUCUGCCAUGGACGCGGCUGCCACGACGACAGCACAACACGAACCACCCACUACGGACAAACGACGCACCACACGAUUGCGACGGCGCAGUACGCAUAUGAUCGCGGAUGAUGAUGCCACUGUCGUGGCGGGAAACGCACCACAAGACGAUGCUGCCGCCAACAACAACAAUGCUGCGUCAACCACCAAUACCAAUGACGCGGCCAACAACUCCAGCACCAACAAUGCCAAUGCCAAUACGAUCAACACGACACCCGAAAUUCUCACGUUACAGACCACCAACACGACCACGGUUGGAGAACACAUUGUCGCUACCAUUCCCGCACAAGAACUCGAUGAACACGAAGGAUUGGAUGAAGCAUCCUUGCGAGAACACGAAGAAAUUACCAAAAUCAAAAAUGUCUCGUUCAUUGAAUUGGGGAGGCAUCAAAUGGAAACGUGGUACUUUUCACCCAUUCCCAAGGAACUACUGAGUGCCCGAGGAUACAUUGAAGUACUGUACAUUUGCGAAUUCACAUUUCGCCUCUUUGCUCGCAAGUGUGAACUCCAACGAUUCCAACAACGAUCGCUUUCGCAGAAUCCACAGAAUCGACAUCCGCCCGGGAAUGAAAUCUAUCGAAAGGAUCAUCUUUCCAUGUUUGAAGUCGACGGUCUCACGGAACGAAUCUACUGUCAAAACUUAUCCUACAUUGCAAAGCUCUUCCUCGAUCACAAGACACUCUACUUUGAUGUUGAUCCAUUCCUAUUCUACGUACUUUGUGAAGUAGACGACAGAGGAUAUCAUCCGGUCGGGUACUUUAGCAAGGAAAAGUACUCGGACGUCGGAUACAACUUGGCUUGCAUUCUUACGUUUCCAGCACAUCAACGCACUGGAUACGGUCGUUUCCUCAUUGCCUUCUCGUACGAACUCUCCAAAAAGCAGGAAAAGGUCGGUGGACCCGAACGACCCGUCAGCGAUCUGGGACAAAAGGCAUACAAACCCUACUGGGCCGCUACAGUGGUGGACUUUUUACGAACGACGGGCCAACACAACACGACUCCCGAAGGCAAAAUCUUGUCGACGUCGCUCAGUAUCAUGGAUAUCAGCAAACGAACGUCCAUCAUGGCGGAAGAUAUCGUCUUUACGCUCAAUCAACUUGGCAUUCUCAAGAUUAUCAACGGCGUCUACUUUAUUGCCGCCGAAGAAUCACUGCUGGAACAAUUGGCCAAGAAGUAUCCCGUCAAGGAACCACGGAUCGAUCCGUCUCGGUUGCAUUGGACGCCGUUCCUCACUGAUGUCAAGCGAGACAAGUUUAGCAUUCACAGCAAGAAACCAAACCUUGAAGAUGGAUUUGCGGUGGUGCAGCAACCCGUGUCGUCGAUAAUGCCGCCGUCGUAAUUGGAUUAGUCUCUAAAGUAUAGAUACAUGCAGCCAGCCAGCUAGUUAAUUGCC